UCCCUCCCGCCCCGGGAGCCCCCGGCGGGGUGACAGCCCAGCCGAGCCCAACGCAGCCGCCCUGCCCGGCCUCGGCCCGCUCGCCGCCAGCGAGGCGACAGCCGCCUCCCCGCGCCCGCCAUGUGGAAGCUCAACAAGAGCAGCAAAGUUCUCCUGGACGACUCCCCCGAGGAGGAGGAGACGCGGCCCCGCGGCCCGCCGCCGCCCGCCGCCGCCUUCGCGGCCCCCCAGAAUAAAGACCAGUUUCUUCAUGAUGAAGUUCCAUCUUCAGUGUCUCAACUUGCAACAAAGGUUCAAGGUGCAAGUUUCCGGGGUUGGAAGGAAGUGACAUCUAUGUUCAAUAAAGAUGAUGAACAGCAAUUGCUGGCCGGAUGCAAGUCUCCAAAAUCCAAAGGAACAAACUUAAAAUUAAAGGAAGAAAUGAAGUCAGAAAAGAAGCCAGGUUUUUGGGACAGUUUGGUGAUAAAGCAGAAUGUCCAGUCUAGGAAACCAGAUGAGAUUGAGGGCUGGGAACCACCACAGAUUACUGCUGCUGAUUCUGCCAGUGAUGCAGCAACUGCUUUAAGUGACUAUUCCGCCUGGUCAGGCUGGGAAGAUGAAACCAAAGGCUCCACAAAGUACACGAACCUGGCCAGCUCAGGAAACAGUUCCAGGUGGAGUAUCAAAUCAGCUGGAAAGCUGGUUAGUAUUAGACGUCAGAGCAAAGGUAACCUUACUGACAACUGGGAAGAACUGGAAUGAUGCUGGUGAUGUGAAAUACUUUGUAGGUAAGAAGAGAAAGGUUCCAUGAUUUACUUGUGUGUUUAAACCAAAAUCAAAUCUGCUCAAUAUUGCACCUUUAUACAGUACUUUGUUUUAUUCCAAUUGUUACAAAUUUUUGCUCACCUGAUAGUAAAUUUUCUUAUUACAUUGUUAAAUAGCUAUGUUUUCCACACUAAAAAAAAAAAAAGUAGAGAAUCUAUUUUGUGCCUAUAUUUCACAUUCAGACUCUGUGGUUUGUUUGAUUGUUGGUUUUACCAAAAAAAAAAAAGAAAAAAGAGUAAUUCCUUAGUGAAUGUAUACACUGAUUGUAAAUUUGACUGCCUUACGUAGGAACUUCCACUAGCUUGAGGUCCUGUGUCUUUUUUUUCCUGGUAUUUGAGGGUCACUCAAAAUUUCAGUUUUGAUGCUGUCCCUUUUAAAAUAAGAAUACUGAUGUGUAGCUUGCAGGAAGAAUGCUUAUACUUAGUAGACUGUUUUCCAAAUCUUCAGCCUCAGCAUAUGCUUCAGCUUGUGCACAGAAGAUGCUCAACUGUCACAAUGUGCUUUGUGUGAAAUGGGAAAAUAUGACUCCAGUGUAAUUUGUUCAGUCACGGGAACUUCACCAGUAGUCAGGUCGAAUGGGUCUUCCAGAGCUUUUUGUACUGAAUGUUGUUUGACAAAGCUGAACUUGUCAGUUUUUAAGAUGCAUGCCAUGCCAAAAAUAGAAAUGACUGUGAAUUUGGAAAGUGGCAGUGGGUAGAGUGAAAGAUCUCAGUGUUCAGUAUGCAGAGUCCUGAAUCUGUGCAUAAGUCGCUUCUUAUGGAAGGAUACAUUAUUUCCUUUUCACAGUAGCUGGUCCCUGUUCUACAAGCAACUUUGUUUUGUACAAUGUGUUGAUUGCCCCUCAUCCUUCCCUCCAUAAGCAGUGAUAGAAAUGGACUGGCAUUUUCAAGACAACUGAGCCAUCACAAGGCUGUGCACGCACGCAGUUUCUGAAACAUUUUUGCUACAAAGCUCUGUCUUAUUUGCUACUGAUACUUUCAGUUUUGGUAAGAGGGCGAAGUGUUAAUCUGGAGGUUUGAAAUGUACAUAGAAUACUUAAAGUGCCUCUUUCUAGCAUAUUGUCUCUCAUCAGCAGUGCAGCCAAUGUCAGAUCCAAAGUUGGUCUCCAUUUCAUUUCUAUGACCUAUAUAAAUACUACUUUUAACAUCCAUGGAAAACAGAUAAACCAAAAGUUUCAUGGCAGAUAUGGACAGAAGCCUUUUCUGUCCUGUUUGUAAAACUGGUAUAACUGAACUGAAAAGCGGUGUUGACUGUCUAGCAAUGUGGCCAGUACAAUAGGAAGGUCAGGUUAGUAUUUGAGAGAAAAUCAGCAUUUUUACAAGGAAAUGUAUAUCUUUAUAUUUAAUAGAUAUCCUGUAAACAUAUUUUUGCAAGAAGCUUAUGCUUGUGAAAAGGGAUGCAUGCAGUUUUCUUCUAAGCUUGUACCUUUUUUCUCUUACUGCCACAUUAUUCCUUUCUCAGUGCUCUCUUUCUCCUCACUCUUCCAAUUCAUGUAACAUUUUCUGGCUUAUGGUUCCUGCAUAGGUAUUCUUUGGAGUCUCCUGUUGAGGUGAGCCUGGAGAGACGUAACAAAAUGGAUUUUUGUCUUUUUUUUUUUUGGUUGAGUUUAAUAGGAUGUUAAAAGAUAUUGUUCUUAAUUUUGCAUAGAAGAGCAUCAGUGUUUUGUGCUACAAAACAGGAUCUUGUAACUGGCAAAUGUAUUAUAAAUUGGCAUUAUAUAUUAAAAAAUACAGAGGAGAAAGAGUUAGCAUUUAUAUUGAGUUAUUUAGUCUGUGAAUAAACUCUGUUAUUUGCCUUUGGCAAGUGCAUAUGCUGAGGUUAAUUAUAGGAAAGCAUUAGGGUUCUGGGGUAAAGUAUGCUGCAUUUUAUAGUUAAUGGAGUACCCUCUAAGCCAAAGGCAUGAGCUGGUGUUGAGUUUGGUUGUUGGUGCUGACCUAAAAGACCAGAAGGAGAUCUGCUGGCAGCCCUUGGGAUUUUACUCUCCAAGGUGGGCUGAGAGCUUUUAAUUUCCCUCCUGAAGAAACUAUUUAUACUGUGACCAGUAAAGAUUUUGCCUUGCACAUUAUACUGUCAAGUGCCUGUUUCUCACCUUGAUGAUGUGUUUGAUGCACAGCUUAACUGCAAAAUAUUUUGAUUUGUUUUUAAAGUUAUGAUAAGGACUAUGCUCGUGAAGCUGAAGUCUGCAGAAAACAAAAUUUAUCUGAGUGGGAAAUCGAGAUGUGUAAACUUCAGGUAUGAUUUAUUGAUGGAAGGUUUGGUGUGCUUUCUAAGUGAUAUUUCCUCAGAAAAAAACAAAAGCGUUUUAAGGAUGAACAUUAUUAAAUUUAAUAUAAUUUAUUGUUAUGAUUUGAUGUUAUUUGUCUUGAGAACUCACUGGUGUGAGCUUUUCUUUUCUUGUGUUUUUAAACUUGUCUGAAUUCUCAGAAUGGGGUCCUCUUUUCUUUUACCUUCUUUAGAUGCUUAACUACAUUUACAUUUAUGGGCUCAAACUAUACACGGCUCCAUAUGUGGAAUAAGUGUAGAAUAUGUCCCUCAAUAUUUGUUUUGAAAUUGCAUUUCAAUCUAUGUGAAAUGGUUUAGAAGAAGAUAGCAUUGAGAUUGUAUAAUAAGAUUGCACAAAAUAAAAUAUAGUUUAUAUUGC